CAUCCCUCGCGUUUCCCUCUCUCUAAAUUUCUCCUCAAUUUUCCGGCUAAACCCACCAAUCCACCACCACUACCGCCGCCUCAGCCCAUUUUCUUCAUUAUUCUCGGUCGACAGACUAGCACUUCAGCUCCCCGCCGCUUCCUUCGUGGACUCGUGCUCUUUGCGCCUUCUUCUCAGCCUCGGCUCAACGACAUCAAGAAGCCCUAAUUCUAUUUGUUCACCAGAGGUUCAUCGUAUUCAAGCUAUUCCCACCAAUUUCCAUGGAAGAACCGAAAAGCAAGUCUAGAAGGGAUGGCUCUGAAACAGACGAAGUGAAAGCAAAUCACCAUAGAGAGGAUCGUAAGCGUGAAAAAGAGAGGAAUGGGGAGAGGCACAAGGACAGGGACCGUGACAGUCGCCACGAGAGAGAGAAGAGUGUUGAUGACAAGUACAGGGACAAAGAAAAUAAACGUGAAAAGGAGCGGAAUGGGGAGAGGCACAAGAACAGGGAGAGGAACAGAGAUCGUGAUAAUCGCCACGAGAGAGAGAAGAGUGUUGAUGACAAGUACAGGGACAAAGAAAAACACAAGUCUAAGCGCCAUGACAAGGAACAAGAACAGGAGAGAGGAAGGAGCCAUGAUGAUGAGAGGCCCAGGGAUAAGGCUAAAGGCAGAGAGAGGGAGAAAGAGAGGGAGAAAGAGAGGGAGAAAGAGAGGGAGAGGGAGAGAAGGGAAAAGACCAGGGACAGAGAGAGAGAAAGAAAAGAGAGGGAGAGGAAACAUGAAAAGGAAAAACGCCGAGACAGGGAUAGGUCACACAGUAGUGAUGAUGAUGUUAAGGACCAUGAGAGGAAAAGGCGCAAGAAAGAGGAGGAUCAUCAAACUAGGGAUUCAGAACAAACUAGUAAGGCCAACCGGCAUAGGGAUGACAGCGAAGACAAUAGUUCACGGAAGAAGGGAAAUGUAGAUUCAGAAGAUAAGAAGGAAAAGAGUUGGGAACAAGAUUUAGCUGAAGAGCAACAGAGAUUGGAUGAUGAGAUGGAAAAAAGGAGAAGAAGAGUUCAGGAGUGGCAAGAGCUGAGAAGGAAGAAGGAGGAAUCCGAGAUAGAAAAACAUGGGGUGCCUGUUACUCAUGAACCUGAAUCGGGAAAGACUUGGACACUGGAAGGGGAAUCUGAUGAUGAAGAAGCUGGUCCGCAGGAAAGAGAAACAAUGGAUGUUGACGAGGACGAGGAUGCAACUAUGAAGCCUGUUGCGGAGGACAUGUCUGUAGACUCUGCGAAUGAGACAGCUCCAUCCAUGCAAAGUGUUGGAGACAAUGCUGUUGAUGAUGAAGAAAUUGACCCCUUAGAUGCGUUUAUGAAUUCUAUGGUUUUGCCUGAAGUUGAGAAACUAAACAAUAUUGUGCCGUCUGCUUCAAAUGACUCUGGUCCCGAAUUAGUUGAAAAAAAUGGUAAAAUGAACUCCGAGAACACUAAAAAGGGGAAGAACAGAUAUAUGGGCAGAAUUAUUCCUGGAGAUAACUCUGAUUCAGACUAUGGAGAAGUUGAAAAUGAGGAAGAUCCUUCAGAGGAGGAAGAUGAUGAAGAGUUCAUGAAACGGGUGAAGAAAACCAAAGUGGAGAAGCUUUCAAUAGUUGACCAUUCAAAGAUUGAUUAUCCCCCCUUCCGUAAGAAUUUCUACAUUGAAGUGAAAGAAAUUUCAAAGAUGACUUCUGAAGAAGUGGCUGCACAUAGGAAACAACUUGAAUUGAAGAUACAUGGAAAGGACGUGCCUAAACCAGUCAAAGCCUGGCACCAUACAGGAUUGGCUACUAAAAUUUUGGAUACUAUUAAGAAGCUCAAUUAUGAGAAGCCAAUGCCAAUUCAAGCGCAAGCCUUGCCCGUAAUUAUGAGUGGUCGGGACUGCAUAGGUAUUGCAAAAACUGGUUCCGGGAAAACCUUAGCCUUUGUCCUGCCCAUGCUGCGGCACAUUAAGGAUCAGCCUCCUCUAAUGUCAGGUGAUGGGCCUAUCGGGCUUAUUAUGGCUCCGACAAGGGAGCUUGUCCAGCAAAUCCAUAGUGAUAUAAAGAAAUUCACAAAGGCUUUCGGCCUCAGCUGUGUGCCUGUAUAUGGAGGUUCUGGGGUUGCUCAGCAGAUUAGUGAACUGAAGCGAGGGGCUGAGAUUGUUGUUUGCACCCCAGGUAGAAUGAUUGAUAUAUUAUGUACUAGUGGUGGUAAAAUUACUAAUCUGCGUCGUGUCACUUACUUGGUCAUGGACGAGGCUGAUCGGAUGUUUGAUAUGGGUUUUGAGCCUCAAAUAACAAGAAUAGUCCAAAAUACAAGACCUGAUCGGCAAACUGUGCUAUUUUCUGCUACUUUCCCACGCCAAGUUGAGAUUUUGGCUCGUAAAGUAUUGAAUAAACCUGUUGAACUUCAGGUAGGUGGUAGGAGUGUUGUGAACAAGGACAUUACCCAACUAGUUGAGGUUAGGCCUGAGAGUGAUAGGUUCCUUAGACUCUUGGAACUACUUGGAGAAUGGUAUGAGAAGGGGAAGAUACUAAUUUUUGUCCAUACACAAGAGAAGUGUGAUGCACUGUUUAAGGAUUUACUUAAAUCUGGAUAUCCGUGUGUGUCACUUCAUGGGGGAAAGGAUCAAACAGAUCGUGAAUCCACAUUAGCUGAUUUUAAGAGUAAUGUUUGCAAUAUAUUGAUUGCCACAAGUAUUGCUGCUAGAGGUUUAGAUGUCAAAGAUCUUGAACUAGUCGUUAAUUUUGAUGUCCCUAACCAUUACGAAGACUAUGUCCAUCGUGUUGGUAGAACUGGCCGAGCUGGUAAAAAGGGGUGUGCUAUCACAUUUAUCUCAGAGGAAGAUGCGAGAUACGGACCUGAUCUAGUGAAAGCCUUAGAAUUAUCCGAACAGAGUGUCCCCGAAGACCUCAAGGCCUUAGCUGAUGGCUUCAUGGCCAAGGUGAAUCAAGGGCUUGAGCAAGCCCAUGGGACUGGCUACGGUGGUACUGGUUUCAAAUUUAACGAAGAGGAGGAUGAAGCCAGACGAGCCGCAAAGAAAGCUCAGGCGAAGGAGUAUGGUUUUGAGGAGGAUAAAUCAGAUUCGGACGAUGAAGACGAAGGGAUUAGAAAAGCAGGUGGUGACAUAUCUCACCAAGCUGCACUUGCUCAAGCUUUGGCUUCUGCUACCAAAGCAAGUGCUGCUGCUUCAGUAACAGCGCCCAUGGCGUCUGGGCAGCUCAUUCAAAAUGGUGGCGUUGCGGCAGCUGCUGUAAUCCCUGGAGGUGGGCUGCAGACGGGUGGUAACGAUGCAGCUGCCAAAGCAGCAGCUCUGGCAGCGCUAAUGAAUCUGCAGCAUAACUUGGCAAAGAUUCAGGCAGACGCGAUGCCUGAACACUAUGAAGCAGAGCUGGAGAUAAAUGACUUCCCUCAGAACGCCCGUUGGAAGGUGACACACAAGGAAACCCUGGGUCCGAUAUCGGAAUGGACGGGAGCAGCCAUCACGACUCGAGGCCAGUACUACCCGCCGGGGAAGAUUGCAGGGCCGGGAGAGAGGAAACUGUACUUGUUUAUUGAGGGCCCGACGGAGCAAUCUGUCAAAAGGGCAAAGGCAGAUCUCAAGAGGGUCUUGGAGGAGAUCACAAACCAAGCUUCAUCGCUUCCAGGCUCAGCGCAACCUGGCCGAUACUCUGUUGUCUAGGCUCUACCUUUGAGAGAUUUGCCUUCAUUUUCCUACUUACUGUUUACUGAAAUCUUGAUUACAGUAUAUGCUCAAAAUAUUUUAUAUUUUGCAUCCCUAUAUUAACAAUCUGGAUUAGAUGGAACAUAUUCUGUAAGAUUUUGUUACGUUAUUGGUUUA